AUGUCAUCAAAUGAUCCAUCAAAAAAGAAAAGAAAAAUUCUAACUUGGGGUGAAAAAAAGGAACUUUGCGAUUUCCAUGAAAAAAAUCCAUUAUUCACAUAUAAAGAACUUGGACUAAAAUUUGAAAUUGCAGAAGCUACU